AUGACACUUUUUAUCCUAGUUUUGCCCCACAUAACCCCAUUCACCUUCGAAGACGAAGCCAACGCAGGGGACAGUGUUCAGGUGUCUUGCUAUGUCAAUAAGGGUGAUAUGCCGUUGUCGUUUUCUUGGAUGUUCAACGGGAAAAAGAUUCCCGAAGAUAAAGCACUUAAUAUUAGUCCCUUUGGUACUAAAACCUCAGUAUUGAGUAUAGACAAUGUGGAAGGAUCCCAUGCUGGCAACUACACGUGCGUCGUCUCGAACAAGGCGGGGAUUUCGACGCAUUCAACUGAGUUACUUGUUAAGGUUUUACCACAUGUUAUACCGUUCGUAUUCGAAGAAGAAGCAAAUUCCGGCGACAGGGCACAAUUGACUUGCUCUGUAAGUAAAGGAGACACGCCCAUGACAUUUUCUUGGCAAUUUAAUGGUGUACCUGUGUCUGACGAUAAAGGUAUCACAGUGGGAAUGUUCGGAAAGAAAACAUCGCUACUAAGUAUAGACUCUGUAGAUUGGCAGCACGCAGGCAACUAUACUUGUAUUGUAAUGAAUAAAGCAGGCAGUGCUAGCCAUUCGGCUGAAUUAUUAGUCAAGGUUUUACCACAUGUAACUCCAUUUAUAUUCGAGGACGAGGCAAAUUCCGGCGAUAUGGCGCAAGUCUCUUGUUCCGUAAGUAAAGGAGAUACUCCCAUGAAGUUUUCUUGGCAAUUCAAUGGUAUACCUGUGUCUGAUGAUAAAGGUAUUACCGUGGGAAUGUUCGGAAAGAAAACAUCGCUACUAAGUAUAGACUCUGUAGAUUGGCAACACGCAGGCAACUAUACUUGUAUUGUAACGAACAAAGCAGGCAGUGCUAGCCACUCAGCUGAAUUAUUAGUCAAGGUGCUACCACAUGUUAUGCCUUUCACGUUCGAAGAAGAAGCAAAUUCAGGAGACACUGCGCAAAUUACAUGUUCUGUGACUAAGGGCGAUACUCCGAUGAAAUUCUCGUGGCUUUUUAAUAAUAAACCAAUUAAUGAAAACAAAGGAAUCACUGUAGGGAUGUUUGGAAAGAAGGCAUCCCAUUUGAGCAUAGAUUCUGUUGAUUGGAAACAUGCGGGAAACUAUACAUGUGUUGUUAAAAAUAACGCUGGUACUGCCAGUCAAUCUGCUGAGCUUUUAGUAAAGGGUACUAUAUUUUAA